GCCGGCAGGCGGGCCACGGAGGAGCGGGGGCGGCAUCCCGAGGGAGCGGGGCCCCUGGCAGCAGCGCCGGCUUUGUGCUGCAGGGCUGCCCGGGAGGCGAGCGGCAGCGGCGGGCGAGGAGGAUGGCCCGCGCCCGGGCGCACCUGGCGGCGCUGAGCGUCCUCCAGUGGGUGAUGACCUUCCUCUUCUUCGGCCUCUUCUUCACCGGCCUCCUGAUCUACCUGCUCUUCACCUCCUACUGGUCUGUCACGGUCCUUUACGUUGCUUGGUGGAUCAUGGACUGGGAGACCCCCGAGCGAGGUGGUCGCCGUUGUGAGUGGAUGAGGAGGUGGAGGCUCUGGCAGCUCCACCGGGAUUAUUUCCCCAUCAAGCUGGUGAAGACAGCAGAACUGCCCCCCACUCGGAACUACGUGCUGGGCUCUCACCCCCACGGCAUCAUCUGCGCGGGGGCUUUCUCCACCUUCUGCACAGAGGCGACCGGCUUCUCCCGGACCUUCCCUGGCCUCAAGUCCAGCCUCUGUCUCCUCAGCGGGCUCUUCCACAUGCCUGUGUACCGCGAGUAUAUGAUGAGCUCAGGCAUGGUGCCGGUCAGCAAGCGCUCCUUGGACUUCCUGCUGCGGGGCGGCCCGGGCCACGCGGUGGUCAUCGUGGUGGGGGGCGCGGCGGAAUCGCUGGACUGCAGCCCCGGGGAGCAGCGCGUCCGCCUGCAGGGGCGGCGAGGCUUUGUGCGCCUGGCGCUCCAGCACGGGGCCGCCCUGGUGCCGGUGUACUCCUUCGGCGAGACCGACCUCUUCCGGCAGCUGCAGUUCGCCGACGGCAGCCUCGCACGCCGCCUCCAGGAGGCCUUCAAGCGGUGGGCCGGCUUCGCGCCCUGCCUCUUCCGCGGCGGCUCCUGGGGCCUCCUGCCCUUCGCCGCGCCGGUCACCGUCGUGGUGGGGGCGCCCAUCCCGGUGCCGCGCCGCCCGGCGCCCACGCAGGAAGAGGUCGCGCACUACCACGGGCUCUACGUGGCCGCCCUCCGCGCGCUCUUCGAGGCCCACAAGGGCGCCUGCGGCCUGGCCCCCUCGCAGCAGCUCCUCGUCGCCUAGCCGGCUGCCCCCCAGCAGCGAAGACGCCCGGCCCAGCCCGCAACGUGGGAGGCCGCUCCGCCCCAGCUCCGACCGAAGCUUCCUAAAAGGGACGCCGUCCGCCGGGGAGGGAGAAAAGGGCCCGCUACAGGCACCGCUGGGAUUCGAACCCAGGAUCUCCUGUUUACUAGACAGGCGCUUUAACCAACUAAGCCACGGCGCCGCCUGCUGGCUGUCUGCUCGGCUGCCGCGGCAGUUCUCCGCACGAGCGGCGGGGGGGGGGGCAGGGCUGUCCGCGCCGGAGUCCGCCCGAGAGGCGCUCCGGCGGCCUGGAUCGGGUAGCGGCCGCUCUGUUGUGGAGGGGAAGGCGGUGAAGCGCGCCCCUUGGCAGCCCAGGGGCGCCGUUUUGCGCGCGCCACCGAAGGGGAUCUCAGGUGGGGAUGUCGCUGAGCACCCGCAGAGUGUAAAACAAACGUCCCAGGCGCUGGAGCGCCAGCGCCUCACUUCCAAAAGAAGUUUAGAAAACUCCAACGCUGACCCCGACGUGAUUCGAACACGCAGCCUUCUGAUCUGGAGUCAGACGCGCUACCGUUGCGCCACGAGGUCAUCGCUGCUUUGAUUCAUCGCUACUUUUACUCUCUACGAUGGCUCCCUGUGCUUCCUGGGUGCCUCCCUCGUGCCUCCCCUACUUCGUGCCCGCUGCCCGCUGGGGCCCAGGACUAUGCCCGCUGCCACCUUUUGAAGAACGGCGCUUUCUCUGGCUGCAUCCUCCUCCUCCUUGGGGCCCCGGAAGCCCUGGCAGGAAGGAACAAGCCCGGCUCUGGCAGCGCACCUGUGCCCGGCUAGCCUGAAGGUGUGUGUGGGGGGGGGCGGUAGGCACAGGCCUGAAGCAGAAAGGAUCCGGGUCCCCGGGGCGCCCAAAAGCCAACCUGGUGGGCUGCUGUGGCCUAGCAGCUGAGUGGCUGGACUGCAGGCUGGCCCUCUCCUGCUCUGGCUGCCCGGCUGGAGACAGCCUCUGCUCUCAGCCCCAGCUGUAUUGGGGGGAUAAUGAUGACACUGAAUUCCUUCACUGCUCCGAGUGAGGCCCAUCUGCCUAGAAGAGCGGAAUAGAAGUGCUCAGCCGUUCUUAUUAUUUUCUUCCCAUAGCAGCUUCUUCCAUAAACUAGUCUAGGAAGGUGCCUGCUGGGAUAAGAAGGGGCUCCUCUUCCUUUGAUUUCAGUCUAGACCUGUUAGCUUUAUCUGAUGAAGUGAGGGUUGACUCAGGAAAUCUUAUCCCCUGGGAAAUUCCGUUGGCCUAGGACGGAGGCGCUCCUGAGCCUGAGCUUCAUGAGCCUUUAAUAUUUCAGGUCCAGCGGCACCUUAGAGACCAACAAGCGGCUGGGAGGGGGAUUGCACGGGAGAGUGUCAGGAAGCCGGCUGUGACACCUGCUGCAGUUAGCUUGACAGAGCAGGGGUGUGAAGUGCAGGAAAUUAGCACCUGCAAAUGCAAGGACAAACAUCUCUCGACCCUUGGG